CUAGCCACUAAUGUUUAUUCACAAAAAAUGAUUCAUUAGUCAUUUGGCAACUCACUGACAGCUCAUUCUCAUUGGGCGUGUUUUAGGGUGCGUUCCGUCAUUGUACCCGUCAGACUUAAAAGACGCCUAGUCUCAGGUAACUUUACAGCAUAUGACUAUAAGCGUGAUUUAGUGUGAAAGUAAAAUGUAAGACGGUUUUAUUUCAUCUCUACCUGGUUGACAAUGACAGAUCGGCAUAACCUUAAAAAACAUAUUUGUUGCAUGUGGAUCUGAUUUUGUUUGAAUUUAUGAAUUUUUAUGAUACCUACCUCAAAAUACCUGUUAAGGAAGAACUAAUGAAUUGCAGUGAGGAUAUAAUAUAGAUAAUAUUAAUAAUGGCGAAAAAAAUAGAAGAGUUUCUGAGAAGUGAGGGUAACUUCAUAAUGGAUCUUCUUCAAACAGCAGGAGUACCAGACCGACGGCUUAAUGAUGAUGACGAAAAUGAUGAAGGAAAAGCUAAUGAAGAAAAUUCUUUCAAAAAAGCAUCAAGAGCAAGAUCUCUUCAAGAACUACAGGACAGGUUAGAAAGGGUUAAAGGCAAAAAGAAAAUGAAUUACAGAGAAAAAUUAGAGAAAAAGAAACUGAAAAACCAGUUGAAAAAGAAGACAAAAAAGAGUGAAAGACAUGCAAACCAUAAAUUGUCUAGAGCUGCAAAACUUUCAAGUGUUCUAGAGAAAUCAACUGAAAUGGAGAGUGAUACUAAAAAACCAGAUAAACCUGUUUAUAAUAAGGAUGAAAAAUUAGUAUUUUCCAAAUUUGAUUUUGCUGAAAUUGGAAAAAAGAAAAAAGUAAAGAAAGAAAAGGACCCUAAAAAGAUAUUAGAAAAUUUAGAAAAACAGAAUGAAAAAAUCAAUAAACUGAAAGAAAGUGGGGAAAUAGAAAAAGCAAUUGAAAUAAAAGAAAAGAAUGCAUGGAAAAAUGCUCUAGCAAAAGCUGAGGGACAAAAAAUAAAAGAUGAUCCAUUACUCUUGAAGAAGAGUGUUAAGAAGAAGGAACAAAAACAAAGAUCUAGUAAAAAGAAAUGGGAACAGAGGAUACAAGGAGUAGAGAAAGCUAAACAGGACAGACAACAGAAGAGGAAGGACAAUAUUCAGAAGAGGAAAAAAGAUAAGAAAACAACUAAGCUUAAGAAAGCAGCAAAGAGGGGUAAAAUCAUUCCAGGAUUUUAGUAAUGUUAUACAUAUUAAGUAAAAUAAAACAAGUGAUAAGAUUUUUCAGUUAUUUUUGAUAUGUAUAGUACACACAUUUUCAUGACUAGACAAAUUAUGAGAAAUUAUAUCCUAACAAAAAGA